CGUCGCUCGACUUUACGUGUGGACGCAUUACGGCGGCCGAGGAGAGAAAUGUGGGCGCGUGCGGUGUUGCUGGGCCAUCGGUCCUGGAUGGGCUGGCACCGGGGCUUCACCUCCAAGACGGAUCCUCAGGGUAGUGGCCGUGUCACCGCUGAGGUGAUCGAGCACCUGGAGCGUCUAGCGCUUGUGGACUUCGGCAGCCAAGAGGCCGUGGCACGACUGGAGAAAGCCAUCGCCUUUGCCGACCGGCUCCGCGCCGUGGACACGGACGGGGUGGAGCCCAUGGAAUCAGUAUUGGAGGACAGAUGUCUGUACUUGAGAUCUGACAAUGUGGUAGAAGGCAACUGUGUUGAAGAACUACUACAAAAUGCCCAUCGAGUUGUGGAGGAGUAUUUUGUGGCUCCCCCAGGUAAUAUCUCUUUGCCAAAGCAGGAUGAACAACAGCCCUUUUCACACAACUGACUAGCUAUUCAUGGAGGCCCAAAGAUAGUAUUUUGUUACCACGAACACAAAUAUUUCCACUUUCUUCGGUUACCUGGAAAAAAACUGAUGUUUAAGUGAUUUUUAGUAACUAACUCUCUGAAGACAACAUUGGGAAAUAUCUAGCCAAAACAAGGCAAUGAGUUCCUGCUUCUACUGGAAGUAAAAGGUACUGUCACUUUCUGAGGAAAUGAAUCAAAUAUUUAUUCACACACUGUUCAGUAUAGGUUAUUCUCCUUUAUCUCCUCCCAAAACGGUGGUCUACCAAACUGUACGUAAAUCGGUUUUUCUAUUUACAUAACUAUUAGACAGUGUAUCUGAUCGCCAUAUGACAACCUGUGUUGUACUUUUCAGUUACUGUUUCUGUCAUCUAAGAAACCUUGUAUCUUUACCAAACAAACUCAAGUUUGUUCCUGGGUACCCACUUUAUUCAGAGCAGAAGGCUAACUUUCUCCUAAUGUCUGAAGAGUGUUCAAAGUAGACUCUACAGCUUGGGAACUCCUAACCUACAAUCAUCCACCAUCCCACAAAGUCAUUACACUCAAAAUGGAUACUAGCCAUAGCUAUAGUUUUUCUGAAAAGAACUUACAAUAAAAAUAGCCCUGGAAUAGCUAACAGUACUAUAUCGAACACUAAAAAUUUGCUAAGAGGGUAGAUACUAUAUUAAAUGUUCUUACCACAAAUAAAUCUUAAAGAAGGAGGGAGGAGACUUGGGGAGGUGAUGGAUAUGGUUAUAGCUUUGACGGUGAUCCGGUAUACGCUUAACCCCAAACUCAUUGAUUCGUAUAUAUUAAAUAAGUACAGCCUUUUACAUAUCAAUCAUACUUCAAUAAAGUGGCUUUUUAACAAAAAGACCCAGGUCUGGAACAAAGUAGCCUCCCUGUCCCCACCACGAUUACUGAAUUGAGUAGAAUCCAAGAUACUGGAGUUUUUUGAUUUUGUGUUUUAAGAAGGCUCAGAUACCAAAGUUAAGUAAAACAGAUUGAGGGAUAAAAGUGAUAGAAGCAAAAAUUAAAGAGAUUUUUCCCCCCUCCAAACCGCCAGAGUUGGUUUUAAGAAUUUUCCAGUGAUCUUUAUGCUGCUUCCAACUUUAAAAGGUCUGUUUUAUUCUUCUCAUUCCUUUGCCCUAUCUUAAAUGCUCCUUUUUUCUUUAAAGUGGCUUCAUUUAGGGGCACCUAAGUGGCUCAAUUGGUUAAGCAUCCGAUUCUUGGUUUCGGCUCAGGUCGUGAUCUCACAGCUUUGUAGUUCAAGCCCCGCAUCGG